GUUAGGAAGUGCAGAUCGUCUGCAGAGUAGAGAGAGAGAGGAAAAAUCUGAAGAAAUCAAGUCCAGUUCUCUCUCUCUUGAAAUGGCAAUGGGAAGCCUCUUCCCACUCCAUCCCAUCUCCACCGCCGCCGGCGCAGCCGCCUCCGACCGCCUCCUCUUCCUCCCACCUCUUCCCACCCCCGAUCUCGCAGAACCAUCCGCCGGCAUCGACGUUGGCAACCGCAAGCUGCUACGCGACCUGAGCACCUUCGGCAUCGGCGGGGCCUGCUCCUUCUUCAUCGAAGCGAUCCGACCGGCACAUCUGAUCUCCGCGGCCCGCCUGGCCCGAUCUCGCUCCCUCCCUCUUCUUAUACUUGGCCGUGGCUCCAACUGCCUCUUCUCCGACCGUGGCUUCGACGGCCUCGUCGUCCUCAACCGCUCGUCUAUCGACGAGACCGUCGAAGUGGUUGGGCCCGGUCGGGUUCGGGUCGGGAGCGGGUACCCGUUCAAUCGGCUCGGGGUGAGGACGGCGGUGGAGGGCUGGGGCGGACUGGAAUUCGCGGGAGGGAUACCGGGGACGGUGGGCGGGGCGGCGUUCAUGAAUGCCGGGGCUAACGGGCAGGAGACGGCGGAGGUGGUGGAGAGCGUGGAAGUGGUGAAUCGGGAAGGAGAGGUUAGGGUUUUGGGGAAGGAGGAUUUGAGGUUCGGAUAUCGAUGGUCGUCGCUGCAGGAGAUGGAUGAUUUGGCGGCGAUUCUCACCGUCACUUUCCGGCUACGGCCGGCGCCGACGGCGAGGAAUCGGCAGCGGGAGUUUCUUGAAAGGAGGAGGAAGACACAACCCAUCAGUGAACGAAGCGCAGGCUCUGUUUUCCGAAACCCAGCGGGCUGCGGUGUGGCCGCCGGCGAACUCAUCGAGAUCGCCGGCCUCAAAGGAUGUGUGAUUGGAGGAGCCAAAGUUUCUGAGCUUCAUGCAAACUUCAUAAUCAACACUGGUGGAGCGACAGCCAAAGACGUUCUGGCUCUCAUAGCCUUCGUUAAGGACAAGGUAGAUCGAAUGUUUGGUAUAGAGCUCAAAGAAGAAAUAAGGUAUGUGCCUUACAGUUCUGCUUAGGAAUAAUUAGCUGAACUAUACAGAUUUUCUUCUUCUUCUUCUUUUUAAUUUUUGGGCAGUGAACUUCAUUCUCCUAUGAUAUGAUAAAUUAUUCAAUUAUAGAGGAUCUAUUUGAAGCAUUUAAUGCUGUGAAGCAAGCAUUGAGAUGCUUGAGAAAGUAUUAUG